AUGGCCCCAAUUGUGGCGUUCAAGACAGCUACUGAUCGUAGUAACAACUCCAAGAUCAAUAAGACAGAAGGCAGCAGCAGUAACAAUAACGUAGGGAGCAGAAGUGACAGUCGGUCGAGUCAAUCGCGCUCCAGCAGCUCCAGAGAGAAGACACGGUCAUCAACACCCACCACCAUUUCCAACCAGAAAACCGUGGAACUAUCCAAACGUACGCCAACUCCGUCCUCAGCCAAAUCGUCAACACGUGCAUCUGCAUCCCCAGCAACCGAAGAGAAGAAACCAGCGACUGCACAUCCACUACCCUCGUCGACGUUGCACAAGCAUAAGCAGGCCUCCGUUUUCACCUCUGGAAGGAAGAAAUACAAGACGAAUUUUUCCAACGCAUAUGACUCCGGAUCGAUUCCAUGUCGAAUCAACCACGGCAGUAUCCGCAAUUCUUUGCAAUGGACCAAGGAUCCCAACACGCUAUCGUAUGACCCACUGCUUAUUACGUGCGCUGAGGGGUUCUUGGAAACGGAGCAUCCAUUUGUGUUCCUCGCUCGUGCUACGUUCCGCGAGCUUCUGAAGCUAGAAGAUGCUCGUGAGAAGACGCUGCCAAUUCUGGCUCAAGUGAUCGUGCCGCUGCGAGGAGCACUAAUGGCUAAGGAUGACGACACGUUCCUCAUGGGACUAGAGGCGACACGUCUGCUGUCGGAUCUUGUGGAGGGUGAGAUGAACAGCUUCCUCUCGAAGCUCACCCAGCAGAUCCACCGCAAGCUGUUGACCAAGAAAUUACGUGUCGAAGUUGAGGACACACUCGCUGUUCUCGAGAGUAAUGGCGGCAGGGAGGCUCUGGCUAUCAUUCGGUCGAAGAUCCCAACGUAUGUCUCGAUCCGCUAG